GUGUUCUUUCUUACCCAACCUGUUUAAAUAUGUAACUAAUCGGUUAUCUUUGGCCUUAGAAUGGCAUCUUAUGUGAAUAUGCUUGUUUAUCGUUAAUCUUAUAUAUAUAGCUCUUAUUAUUACGAACAGGAAUAACGUAUUUACCACAUUUCCUUUGACCUUGAAUGCAGCAUAACAUGUCUUCUCGUCCAUUUACCACAUUCUCGCCUGGAGUGAUUCAUGUUGUCUUAAAUACAGGAAAGUGAAGUCUGUGCACGUAAGAAAAGAAAAGCGCAUUUCGUAGUCUUAAGUGAAGCCUGGACAUGCCCGAUUCUGUAGCGAGUGAAACCGGUUCUAAGGUUUCGGACCCACAACAUUCUCAGAAACUGCUCCGUGUCCUUCGCACCUUCUGGCAGGAGAAAAGUUUCCACGAUGCGCUGCUGGUGGUUGAUGGAGAGGAGCUUCCUGUCCAGAAAAACAUCCUGGCUGCUGCCAGCCCUUAUAUCAGGACCAAGCUGAACUACAAUCCCCCAAAGGAUGAUGGGUCUACAUACAGAAUCGAGCUGCAGGGCGUCUCCAUGGCCAUCAUGAAACAGAUCCUGGACUAUAUCUUCAGUGGUGAAAUCACUCUGAGUGAAGAGACCAUCCAGGAUAUGGUGCAGGCGUCUGACAUGCUCCUCAUGUCUGACCUCAAGUCCCUGUGCUGCCAGUUCUUAGAGAGCUGCAUCACGGCAGAGAACUGCAUCGGCAUCCGCCUCUUCUCUCUACACUACUGCCUCUACCACGUCCACUACGCCGCCACCGAGUUCCUGCAGACACAUUUUAGCGACGUGGCGCGCACCGAGGAGUUUAGGGAGUUGCCCCCGGACCGGCUCUGUGAGCUGCUGGCCAUGGAGAAGCUGAACGUGGGCAACGAAAAGCAUGUGCUGGAGGCGGUGGUGCGAUGGUUCGCACAUGACUCCGAGGAUCGCAGGGUACACAUGAAGGAAGUGAUGUCUGCAGUAUGGCUGCAGGGCCUGGAUGUGAGCUACCUGAGAGAGCAGGCCAUGGGGGAGCCGCUGAUGAGGGAGGUGAUCAGAGAGUACUGUCAGCAGGUGCUGGUGGACGGUCAGCUGCAGGGGGAGGCUCUGCUCGCUGCCUUCAAACCCCGAGGCUACUCCGAGUGUAUCGUUAUCGCCGGAGGAGAGGAUCGCAAAAGCAGGAAGCCAACCGCUGUGACGCGCUGCAUGUGUCCGCUCUACGACGCCAACAGACAGGCCUGGAUCGAGCUGCAGCCAAUGAGUGUCGCCCGCCUUGGCCACGGGGUGGUCGCUGCCGAGGGUUUUCUGUUUGUGAUGGGUGGAACAGAUGAACACAACACGGUCCUAGACAGUGGAGAGAAAUAUGACCCUGACUCCAACACCUGGAGCCCCAUCCCCCCAAUGCUACAGCCUCGUCAGAACUUUGGGGUGGUGGAGCUGGACGGUCUGAUCUACGUUCUCGGAGGAGAGAACAAAGAAACAGAGCUGAUCACCGUUGAAGUGUUUGACCCUCACUUCAGUACCUGGAGAAUGCAGACCAGUAUGACUAUGAUCCGCAAGGUCGGCUGCUAUGCCUCCAUGAAUAAGAAGAUCUAUGCUAUAGGUGGAGGCUCCUACGGGAAGCUGUUUGACUCUGUUGAAUGCUUUGACCCCAAAACCUUGCAGUGGACGGGCCUGUGUCCUCUGAAAGAGAGAAGGUUUGGGUCGGUGGCAUGUGGCGUCGGCCAGGAGCUCUAUGUGUUCGGGGGAGUUAGAAGCAAGGAGCAAGACAACCCCGAGCAAAGACAGAUGAUGACCUGCCAGUCUGAGUUCUACCAUGACGACAUGAGGAGGUGGAUGUUCCUUGAUGACCAGUCCUUGUGUAUCCAGACCAGCUCAUCCUUCGUUUACGGUGCGGUGCCCAUCGGAGCCAGUAUUUACGUCGUGGGAGACCUAGACACAGGAACAAGCUUUGACUACAUCCGGGAGUUUCGCCGCAGCACUGGGACCUGGCAACGCACCAAGCCUAUGUUACCCACCGACCUGUCCAAAACGGCCUGCUCCGCCCUGCGCAUCGCUAACUGUCGGCUGUUCCGCCUUCAGUUGAGCCAGGGCAUGUUCCGAAUCCGAGUCUGACUUCAGGACGCCAGGCAGUGGCCCACUCUCAGCUCCAUACUCCACUUCUUUGCACACUGGUACUUUCUACCUGCUGUAGGUCUGGGUUUAAGGAUUUAAUGAACACUAAGGUAUUCUAGUCGCUAGAUAUUGAGGAUCGUGACUCUCCGUUUAGGGGUUUAUACUCCACUUAGACUUGACGGGACAAAAGUUCAUUCAAACAUAUUUUUAACACUAUAUGUUUUAUGGCAUUUUUUAUAAACCUAAAUAUUUUUUUUUCUUUUUAACAUGGGGUUUGAUUGUUUUUUGCUUUUUAUUCAAAUGGACAUUCCUCAUUUGUGAUGUUCCUCAUACUGGUGAUCUGUUGCUUGGUGAGGGAUUUAAACUGUAAUUAACAAACGCAUUAUUAGAUGAGGGAUUAUGGUUGAGAUUUUAAUAGCACUUGCAAUUUGUAUUUUAGUGUUGUAUUAUGUCUGGUGUUGUAUUGUUCAUCUUUCUGGCCAAUCGUAGACGACACAGUCGUUUGUCCUGAAUUUGCUACAGCUGCAGUGGAGGGUUGGAAAUCUUUUAGACUUUGUGUCAGUCCCCUAGAAUCAGAGAGCAAUGGAGUCUUCUGCACAAUAACAAUGAUCCUGUGCAUGUUGGCUCCAAUAAAAACUUGCUGGCAAUCUAUGUCAGACCAUACAGUAUCAACUUUGGGACUUGUUAGGCUGUUCAAAUUGUAGUGCUACAAAGUAAAUAGAAAAGAAAUAUGCAAGCAGCCAAACGUUAUUAACUCCCGCCAUCCAUCUGUGAUGCUUUCUAGUUUAGAAAUGCAGCAAAAC